GUCCAAUCAUGUGCGUAUGGAGUCAACAAUCAGUUGGUUCAGAAAUGGAAUCAGCCAAGGCCGUCCGUGGCUCAACUUCACGACCGACGAAGACUGCCAGCUUGUCCGGUCAUGGAGCAACAUCUCUCAAGAUGCGUCCAAGGGUAGCAGUCAGAAGUCAGACCAAUUCUGGUCGCGUAUCGAAACCAACUUCAAUCAGUACUCCGACGGCGCAAUCCAACGCUCUGGGCGCUCGUUGUCGUCACGCUGGGCCACCAUCCUGGAUCAAUGCAACAAGUUCGUGGGAUGUUUUGCCACGGUGAGGUCCAAGCUUACAAGCGGGGAGAGUGAUGGGCCGGGAGAUGCCGAGCUGGUGCGACGUGCCAAGGAGCUUUUCGCGAAAAAGGCUGAUGCACGUGGCAAGCAGUCGUGCUUCAUGUUUUUGCAUGCCUGGGAAAUUUUGCGCACCGUACCAAAGUGGCAGGACUUGCGCAGCCAACAGCCUGGCAAUGACCGUGCAAAAAAGCGCAUGAAAUUAGACGAGAACGACGACAUUGUCUCCGACGACGAUGUCCGUCAACGCCCGCUUGGAGUGAAAGCAUCGAAGAAACUGAAGGCGUCGCGCGGCAUCAUGGCGGGUCGGAAGUGCAGAAGACAGUAGCUGAUGCUCAGCUUCUCCGGGCAAAUGCUAUGCUGCUGCAAGCUGAGUUGUCACUCAUGACGGUACCUCUUACUGGUUUGUCCGAUACUGCCAAGGAAUUUGUUCUGUUGAAACAAGCAAAGGUUUUGGCCAAGGAAAAAGUCAAAAUUUAUGCGCCAACGCACAAACGUGCGCGCCAGG